CCAUCUCGAGCGACCACGGGAGAAACAGAUAAAAGCUAUGCCGCUCAUCAUUUGGUGCCAGCCUCUGAACCGUGGACCGUGGAGAAGCCAAAACCACCUUUGCCUCAGUCGCCCACAGCAGAAACAGAGAGAAGUGAAGGGCCUUAAGGCAGGACUAAAUCAACAACCAAAAGAGUGAGAGAAGAAAUGAGACCAAGCCGGCAUGUGGAAAGUAGCAGGUAGCAUCAUGAGGCAGUGUUGAAGUUUGAAAAUGGAGUGGGAAGAAGCUAGAUGGAGAGUGUGGUAAAGCAAACUGCACAUCUCUGGAUGACUUUGCUGACUGCCUAGGAGAUGUAGAUGGCUUCUGUCCCAAAGGUAUUCCUUGUGCGUGCAAAGAUGAAGUACCUUUUUGCAAAUGCCCAAAUUUCAGAGGUCAGUGGGGAAAUUACUGGUACAUGGGUGCCAAGUGUGACCAGCUCUGGAAUACCCUAGACUUGAUUUUAAUAGCAGUGCUCCCUGGUAUAGGGCUGACCUUAAUAGUCGCUGUAAUAAUGCAGACUGUCCACUACUGCCAAAAGAGAUCUAAGCGGAAUACUGGGGGCCGCCAAGAGGAGGCUGAACCAAGACUCCAACCUCAUUGGAAUGCUGCCUAUGUCCAUGAUAAGGCACCUCCUCGACAUCUGCGUGCUCAGGAAAAGUGGAAUUCACCAACACGAAAUGCCUUACCAGGAAGUCCUACUUCACCACAAAUACAGUUUUCUCCAAGAGACUUUAGAGAAGACGGUAAUUAUGUGCACUUAUCUUCGGACCAGUUUGUGUUUCCUGACGUAGAACCAAUGGAAAACAUUUCUUUUUCCGAUUUGAACAUGGAUCUUCCAUCUAUAUUUGCGAAUGAACUUAGUCCCAGUAUGGAUCCAGGUGGUGGAGGUCUUGGAUUGCAGCCACAGGAAUCCAAAGGGCCCCAUACUGUAACAAUGCAGGAUUUGGUGUCUGGAAUGGCUGGUACUGCGCGUAUCGACGGAGACCAUAUUUUUGUAUCAGUUCCUGAAGCUCUAUUAGUUUCUGAUGUUGUCACGGAUGAUGGGAUUAAUCUUGAUCAUGGCCUUGCAUCUGAAGUUGUCCAGGGGCCUGAUAUCGUCACAGAAAAUGAUUUUGUAACAGACGGUGUGUUUGUUCCUGAAUCUGUUCUGGAAGCUGAUAUUGCCAUUGAAGAAAUUUUAGGUAUUAGUGAUCACAUUUUGACUUCUGACCUAAUAACAGAAACUGUUAGAUUACCUAACCAGAUUUUUGUGGCUGACCUUGUUACUGGUCCUGAAGGACAUUUGGAACAUGUGGGCCAGGAUUCUGUGUCAGGAGCUGAUUCUCCCACAAUAGUAUCAGAGGAAGUUCUUGUAACCAAUUCAGAUACAGAAGCUGUGAUUCAAGCAGCCAGUACUCUUCCUGGUUCUACAGUUGCUUUAAAAACUGAAGAUGAUGAUGAUGGCAAGAGCACUUCUGAAGACUACUUAAUGAUAUCUUUGGAUGAAGAUGCAGAGAAAAUAGACCAAAUUGCAAACCCACCAGUAAAAAUCAACACUGAAGCUUCCAAUGAUGAUGUCACUAAAGAAGAUGAGUUUGGUUCAGAAGUUAUAAAAGUAUAUAUUUUUAAAGCUGAAGCUGAAGAUGAUGUGGAAAUAGGUGGAACAGAAGUUGUUACAGACAGUGAUUUCCACAAUGGACAUUCUGUCCCUGGAGUACUUGAACAGCAGGGAUGUGUUGGCCGAUUGCAGCGGGAGAAGAUGGUUUACAUGGCAGUUAAAGACUCAUCUCAUGAGGGUGAAGAUAUCAAUUGUGCUGACAUAGCUGAUGAAGUUUACAUGGAAGUCAUUGUAGGGGAUGAGGAAGCCCCUGCUCUUCCUGAGGCCCAGGUGGAAGAUUCUGGUGUGAAUAAAACAUUUGUUCCUGUGGCCUGGGCUGCAGCAUAUGGAGAUGAAAGUCUUCCCCAGAGGUAUGAAGAUUGUGAGGCAUCAGGAAAUAAUUUGGACACCAGAUUAGAAAAUAAAGAUGGUACCCCAGCACAGUACCUUCAGAUUUGUGAUAGUGUUAACACAAAUAAAGCACUUAAACAGAAGUCCAAGAGAAGGAAACGGGGAGAAAGCAGGCUAUGGCAAACAGCUAUUAUAAUUGGUCCCGAUGGGCAGCCUUUGACUGUAUACCCUUGCUAUAUUUGUGGGAAGAAGUUUAAAUCCAGAGGAUUCUUGAAAAGACACAUGAAGAAUCAUCCCGAUCAUAUGAUCAAGAAAAAAUACCAAUGUACAGAUUGUGACUUCACAACUAGUAAGAAAGUAAGUUUUCAUAACCACUUAGAAAGCCAUAAGCUCAUAAAUAAAGUUGAUAAAACACUUGAACUCACAGAAUACACAAAAAGAUACAAAGAAGCUAGUCCAUUGAGUUCAAACAAGCUUAUAUUAAGAGACAAAGAGCCUAAAAUUUAUAAAUGCAAAUACUGUGACUAUGAAACCGCAGAACAAGGACUCUUGAAUAGACAUUUACUCGCCGUUCAUAACAAACAUUUUCCUCAUGUUUGUGUUGAGUGUGGGAAGGGAUUUCGUCACCCCUCUGAACUUAAGAAGCACAUGAGGACCCACACAGGGGAAAAGCCAUACCAUUGUCAUCACUGUAUUUUCCGGUGCGCUGAUCAGUCUAAUCUUAAAACUCACAUGAAAGCCAAACAUGGCACUAUUUUACCAUAUAAAUGUGAGCACUGCCCCCAAGCCUUCUCUGAUGAAGCUGAGCUUCAGCAGCACCUGGAGUUAUUUCAAGGACAUAAAACACAUCAGUGCCCUCACUGUGACCACAAGAGUACCAAUUCAAGUGACCUUAAGCGACAUAUCAUUUCUGUCCAUACUAAAGAUUUCCCCCACAAAUGUGAAGUAUGUGAAAAGGGCUUUCAUCGUCCUUCUGAGCUCAAAAAGCACGGUGAAACCCAUAAAGGUAAAAAAGUCCAUCAGUGUAGACACUGUGACUUUAGAACAUCAGAUCCAUUUGUGCUCAGUGGCCAUAUCCUCUCUGUUCAUACUAGAGACCCCCCUUUAAAAUGUAAACGAUGUAAGAGAGGAUUUAGGCAGCAGACUGAACUUAAGAAGCACAUGAAGACCCAUAGUGGAAGGAAAAUUUAUCAGUGUCAGUAUUGUGACUAUAAUACUACGGAUGCCUCUGGCUUUAAGCGACAUGUAAUCUCCAUACAUACAAAAGACUACCCACAUAGAUGUGAAUACUGCAAAAAGGGAUUCCGUAGGCCAUCAGAAAAAAAUCAACAUAUAAUGAGACACCAUAAAGAGACCAUUAUAUAAAAUGAUAUAUAUAAUAAGAACAGAGUUUAGAGACUGGGAUUGCAUUGACUGGAGAAAAUGAAAAUCUCAUGAACUGUUUCUCCUGGUUCCAAAGUUUGAUAUGAAAUCGUAACCUUACAUUCUUUGUCUUAAAAGUCUUAAAAAUGUAUUUGGGUUGACAGUGAUCUGAUAACCCAAAGAGUUGCUCAUCACAGCUCAAGCACUAUUUAUAGAUGGUGAUUAGGGAGCUCCACAGAAUGGUUGCAGAAAGACUGCUGAAUGUUUAUUUCAUAGUAUUAUUAUGCAUUGUUAGGCAGAAGGGGGCAGAGAGAAAAGAGGAAGAGAGAACUGAUUGUGCUGUUUGGUUGAUGAGAAACAUCAUUGGUCUCCAUAACGGUGGGAUGGGAGGUCAGGAACGCUUCUAGAACAACCAAGCUUCACUUAUGCAAUUUUGGGAUUGAGAAGGCAGAAGUAGGAGAGAUGGCAAUUGAUCAUUGAUCAUACUUCAUCAUCAGGCUUUUCUAGAACACCUGGAAUGAGUUUCCAGAAAUGGUUGUUGUUUCAUUUGUCCAUUUUAAAAAGCAUUUCAUUCAGAAGCUUUUUAGGUUAAUUCAGUACUUUUAAAAGCUGAGUUCCAGAGCUGCUAACCUAUUUCGUUAUUAGAUAGGUUAUUUAAAAGAUAGCAUUAAAUUAAGAGAUCAGGGGCAAUAUUUCAUUGCUGAGAGUAAGGGAGGGAGGGUGUAUAUAAUUUCCCUUUUGCCUGACACUACAGUUGAAUGUUCUAUAUGGCACAGUUUGCAAAAGUAUACCUGUAUCUAAGGUGGAUUUGAAAUCAAAUUGAUGCAGCAAUAGUGUUGCAGUUCAGCACUAUUUUUCCUUAAUGUUUUAGGAAGCUUCUUUAAAAGUUUAAAAAAUGGUUCAAAGAACACAACUUUCUUAAAUUACAGUAAAUAUUUAGAGGUUCUUUAGGACAGUCUUAGACAUGAUUAUUCUAGUCCUACUUGACUAACAUUAAUUAAAAGGUGCAAUUUUAUGCCAUUGUUGAAAAUAUCAAUUUUAUACUAUAAACAUGCAUUUUCAUUCUGAGGCAGUAUUUAUGCAGUAUUUAGCCAGAAUAAUAUGCUGCCAAUAGAAUUAAUUCAAAGAUGGAUCUCCAGUUUACAAUGUAUAAAUUUAAUAUACGCAUCCAUUUUAAAUGAUGCUUCGUAUUAGCAUGCUGCAAAUCAAAAUGGCAUUUAAUAUAACAAGCUGAUCUAGGGCUAUUUAAUGAAAAACCUAUUCAUAAAUGUUAUGCAUAAAAUGUGUACGUUUUACCUUUUUUAAGUUGCUUCAUGUUUGCACACAACUGUUGUCCACAUGCUAAAAAAAAGGGAAAUUUUACUUCAUUUGAUAGCGUGGCUUUGUAAUUCAGACAACCUUCAUCCUUUUGGUUUUGUACCAAAAGAGAAUUGGUUCUUUGAGAAUAAAUUUUUUAUCUUUCUGAAACCUCAAAGGGUUAAACUUGGAAGUUGAAACCAACAAAAAUAAAGGUUUUAGUGUCUGUAAAUGAUACACACGCUGUAACAUAAAAUUGUCACUUAUGUGGGACUAUUAUUUCUAAAUGUUAUUGUAAUGAGCAUACAAUAAAAAGUAUCUCUUGCACUUGA